ACAACCACCUCGUGCCGUGCUGCUCUUAUGCCAACCAGAGUAGCACGACGGCCGAUGGAGGACAUCGACCCCUUCGCAAACGCAAUUGCGCCUCCCCAGAACGAGACUCCAGAAGACCGCGAAGUCCGAAUGCAAAAGGAACGGGCGGCAAAGCAAGUUUCCGAUGCCAUUGACGCCGAACUCUCAAAAGAACAAGCAUACGAGAAGAAACGUCCAAAGCCGGUCAAAAUCCUCCUCCUAGGUCAAAGUGAAUCAGGGAAGUCUACAACAUUGAAGAACUUCCAGCUGCUAUAUGAGCCCAAGGCUUUCCGGGCGGAACGGGGCUCAUGGCGGGCUAUAAUACAGCUUAACGUUGUCCGAUCCGUCCAUAUUGUCCUUGACGCGAUUACCCGUGCUCAAAACCCCCAUGACCGACCUCCAAGCGAGCGUUCCAGCAUAUCAUCGCAAGACUCGUUUCGGAUCGAUGCAGAGCUACUAGCCCUCAAGAUGCGCCUUGUGUCUCUUCUUGACGUAGAAAAACUGCUCAUGAAGCGUUUAUCCGUCCCCGGAGAAGUCGAGCCGACCGAGCGCCCAAUGACAUCUUUAUCACGGCGGCACCAACCCAAAGAGAUUGCGGUCAACUCUUCUGUCGCAUGGCAGGGUGCCUUUCGCCGAAACGGGGCUGCGACAAGUAACGACGGCGACAAUAUGAUCGACUGGGAUGACCCUGAUGACCCUGGCGUGGUCUUACAUUCAUGUCGAGACGACCUGAAGCGGCUAUGGGAGCACCCUACAGUUCAAGCCAUCCUCGACAAACAGUGCAUCAGGCUACAAGAAAGUGCGGGCUUCUUCCUUGACUCGAUAGACGCAGUCACCUCAUUGCGAUAUAUUCCUACCGAUGAUCACAUUUUGAGGGCUCGGUUAAAAACCUUGGGUGUGUCUGAGCAUCGGAUGCGGCUUUCCGACCCCACUGGUGGGAUGAGCCGCGAUUUUCGAAUAUUUGAUGUUGGCGGAACGCGCUCAUUGCGAGCAGCAUGGGUGAGCUACUUCGAUGACAUGGACGCUAUCAUAUUCCUCGCGCCGAUUUCGGCGUUCGAUCAAGUGUUGACGGAGGAUCCAACUGUCAACCGUCUGGCGGACUCGUACAAGCUGUGGACGACGAUCGUCGCCAGCAAGCUGCUCCAGAAGACGAACGUCAUCCUGUUCCUCAACAAGAUCGACAUCAUGCACGCCAAAUUGGCCUCGGGCAUCCGCUUGGCGGACUUUGUCGACUCGUAUGGGCGGCGGCCGAAUGACUUUGACAGUGCUUCGCGAUAUUUAAAGAAACAAUUUAAUGCUAUCCUCAAACAAAACUCACCCGCUCCGAGAAUCUUCUACUGUCAUCUUACUAAUGCCAUCGACACCAAGUCGACGAAGUAUGUCCUCGCUGGGAUCAAGGACAUGCUUAUGCGAUUCCAUCUACAAGAAUCACACCUAAUUUUAUAG